CGUUCCAUAAUUAUUGAGUUGGAACCAACAUGGCUUCCCAAAAAAACCACCAAUAUCACCCUCCUCUUCACUUUGUUCUCUUCCCUUUCAUGGCUCAGGGCCACAUGAUUCCCAUGGUUGAUAUUGCAAGGCUCUUGGCUCAGCGCGGUGUGACCAUAACAAUUGUUACGACGCCUCACAACGCAGGGAGGUUCAAGAAUGUCUUAAACCGUGCCAUUGAGUCUGGUUUGCCCAUCAACCUAGUGCAUGUAGACUUGUCAUAUCAAGAAUUCGGGUUGCCAGAAGGACAAGAUAAUAUCGAUUCGCUUGACUCAAUGGAGUUGAUGGUACCUUUCUUUAAAGCGGUUAACAUGCUUGAAGAGCCGGUCAUGAAGCUACUAGAAGAGAUGAAACCUAAACCAAAUUGUUUGAUUUCUGAUUUAUUGUUGCCUUAUACAAGCAAAAUCGCAAGGACGUUCAAUAUACCAAAGAUUGUUUUCAAUGGAAUGUCUUGCUUUUGUAUUUUGUGUAUGCAUAUUCUACGCCGGAACCUCGAGAUCUUGAAGAAUUUAAAGUCGGACAAAGAGUACUUCUUUGUUCCUAGUUUUCCAGACAGAGUUGAAUUUACAAAGCCUCAAGUUCCCAUAGAUGCAGAUGCAAGUGGAGAUUGGAAAGAGUUUAUGGACGAAUUGGUCGAAGCAGAAAACACAUCAUACGGUGUGAUUCUCAACACAUUUCAGGAGUUGGAGGCUGCUUAUGUCAAAGACUAUAAACAGGCUAGAGCAGGGAAAGUAUGGUCCAUUGGACCCGUUUCCUUGUGCAACAAGAUAGGAGCAGACAAAGCUGAGAGAGGAAACAAGGCGGUCACUGAUCAAGAAGAAUGUAUUAAAUGGCUUGAUUCUAAAGAAGAAAGUUCGGUGAUAUAUGUUUGCCUUGGAAGUAUAUGUAAUCUUCCUCUGUCUCAGCUCAAGGAGAUCGGGUUAGGCCUAGAGAAAUCUAAAAGACCUUUUAUUUGGGUCAUAAGAAGUUGGCAAAAGUAUAAUGAGCUUGCUGAGUGGUUCUUGGAGAGCGGUUUUGAAGAAAGGGUCAAAGAGAGAGGGCUUCUUAUAAAAGGAUGGGCACCUCAAGUACUUAUCCUUUCACACCCUUCUGUUGGAGGAUUCUUGACUCAUUGUGGUUGGAACUCGACUCUAGAAGGAAUCGCCUCGGGUGUUCCACUGCUCACUUGGCCGUUGUUUGGAGACCAAUUUUGUAACCAAACACUGGUUACUCAGGUUCUUAAACUUGGUGUAAGAGCUGGGAUUGAAGAGGUUAUGAAAUGGGGAGAGGAGGAGAAGAUAGGAGUGCUGGUGGAUAGUGAAGGAGUGAAGAAGGCAGUGGAAGAACUAAUGGGUGACAGUGAUGAAGCAAAAGAGAUAAGAAGAAGAGCCAAAGAGCUUGGAGAAUUAGCUCACAGGGCUGUGGAUGAAGGAGGUUCUUCUCAUUCUAACAUCACAUUCCUCUUACAAGAUAUAUCGCAUCUACUAGCACAAUCAAAGAAUUGAU